AUGGCGCGACUGACCGAAACUUGCACAGUUGUUUGCACUACAAGCGAGUCGGACAUUGACAUUGGUUCUUCUGGUUCUUUAGUUCCCGCGACCAGAGCCAUGAUCAUUGACAUCGAGACUGGCGAGGAAAUCACCGAAUACGACAAGCCAGGCGAGCUCCUCGUCCAGACCCCGUCGUUGGUCUUGGGCUACAUGAAUAAUGAGAAGGCUACUGCUGAGACUUUUGUUUGGCGGAAAGAUGGUCGGUGGAUCAAGACUGGAGACGAGGUUUUAAUACGUCUCGCACCUUCUGGAAACGAGCAUCUUGUCAUUGUGGACAGACUUAAGGAGCUGAUCAAGGUUAACGGCCACCAAGUUGCGCCAGCAGAACUCGAAGCUCAUCUUCUGUCCCAUCCAUAUGUCUCUGAUUGCGCUGUGAUCCAGGUGCCAAACGACCGGACUGGCGAAGUACCAAAGGCGUAUAUCGUCAAGUCCGACAAACGUGGCGAGCAACCAGACGAAAUAAUUGCCCGUGCGAUCUGCAAGCAUGUCGAAGAGCACAAACCGCGGUUUAAAUGGCUGGGAGGUGGUGUUGAGUUUAUCGAAUUGAUUCCGAAGAGUCCCAGUGGAAAGAUCUUGAGAAGGCUGUUGCGAGACAAGGAGAGAGAAGCAAGAAAGCAGGUAUCAGCUAAGCUAUAG